AUGUCGCCGUAUGAGGAACAGGAUCGGCCUGGCCCCCAGCCCGUACCUGCAGUCUUACCUCGCAGCUACGACAGCCUUUCCCAACAAGAGGUCGAUUCGGAUCAGCAUCGACCCUCUGCGUCGUCCACUCCGCGCAUCAAUACCGUUAGCUAUCGCAAUGCCACCAUCAAGGCUCAGAUUGACACUACGAUGGUAGUCGCAGAUGUCAUCCGGCAGCUGUGCGCCAACGCUCACCUCGGAGUACAGGAGCCACCGGCCCUCUUUGCGCUCAGGGACGACGAAAACGACGAGCUUAUAGACGAUGGCAACCUUGCAAGGAAGAUCGAAGCCGGUCGUAAUUUCAAGCUCACCGCAUCGCCCUUAAUCGAAGCAGCAGAGAUGGUGGACAAAUUGUGCUCAAGAGAAGACCGUGCGCUCAAGAUGGCAACCUACACACUUCAGAAGCUCAUUCGCGAACCUGUAUUCACAGCAGAAUUCCUCAAGAGAGGAGGUCUCAAUGAGCUCCUCCUCAUCGUACAUACCUUUGGUGGUGGUAAUACCUUAGCAUACGCCCUUACAAGUUGCCAAAAUCUUCUGGAGGGCAGCAACGAGGGAAUGGAAGGCCUUGAUGGUGCUUUCAUAGCUCGAGUAGUCCAGAUUCUCGUCACGCAGGAGAGAAUCAAUGUCUGCAGACCGGCCACUGCUAUCCUUAAGCGGCUGGUGGUAUCCGAAGCGGCUCCCACCCGAGAUACUGCCGCCAAAACCUCUGCCCCAAGCUCUAAAUUUGGCUUCGAGGCAGUCUACGAGCAAAUCUGCAGGGAACCUUCCUUCUUGCCUACCCUCGUCCAGCGCUUGAGCAGCGCUGAUGCGACCCUCUGCGUCAACUCGCUCAGUCUGUUAAACAGCCUUGUGGAGCAUGCCACGGAGCGUCUCCUGGAUUCCCUGGCGACAGAGCUGGAGAGGCUGAAGACCUCGAGCGCAGUAGCACGUCUUAUGGACACUAAUUGCAGGGCAGAGCUUGCCGCUUCCAUCCUCGAGUAUCAGACGAACGUUGUCAGAAUCUACAAACACCGUCUGCUGACGUCAGUCUCACUCAGCGACAAGCGCCACACCGCAGCCUUGACCUACAUCUGGAAGGCAGCAUGCAUCAACGAAGAGAGUGUCGUGAGGCCGCAGAUAUCUCAGGAUCCUCGGAGCAGCGCCGUUCUGGCAAGCGGCAAGCACAAAUGGCGUCGCAUUGGCUUUACAAACGAGAACGUCGCCAAAGACUUUGCAAGGUCCGGCUGGCUCGGAGUCGAGUGCUGCGAAGCUUAUGUUCGAAGGGACCCUGAAGGCUUUGCCACCCUACUAUUGGAGCAGAUCAACCGGUCUGAAAGCAAGCGAUGUCCAUGGGGUCGGGCUGCCAUCGAGGUAGUGCAAAUUCUGGUCGAGCAUUGGGGUAUACAAAGCAAGUCAAGUGCGCGCUCCGACUUCACGCCCUUCUUGCUCUCCUUCACUCGCGUUCAUCAGCUGGUCCUGCGCUUCUUCUUCCGCAUAUGGGCAGAGAGCGGGGCUGCUACUGUAGACUUUGAGCGGGUGUCAGCGCUAGUGCAGAGUCAAGUGAAGGUCACUCUUGUCGACGAGGCCACCAAGAGCUGGCUGGAUAUUGAGAAGAGCUUUGUGGAAUCAGAGUACAGCGCAGUCAGGGAUCGCCAAAUGCGAGAAUUGGAGCUCGAAGACGACCUUGAGAACAAUUCCUCCGUUCAAGCUUUGAAAGCUAAGCUGCACCGGGAGAAUUGGGAGUUCAUGCGGCAGCAGAGGGUUCAGUGCCUGCUUGAGGGAGCUUGGUUCCGUGUGGCAGGAAACACACGCUUUGGGUCGGGAGCAGCAGGCGCCAAUGCUACAAUACCUGGACAAGCAACGCCCAAUCGCAAGACAGGAGCGACGAAUGGAACCAGGGCGUACCCAAAGCCGUGGAGAUUCUACCGUCUAAGUCCCAACAAGCGUCUCUUGCACUUUUGCGAAGCGGAUGAGCCUCAUGCAGUGCGACAUGGGCUAGACGACCUUCCACGCCGCAUCGACUUGGCUCAGGUCAAUGAUCUCGCCCUGCAGUCAUGCAUCACCGUUCUGGGCUCGAUGGGCGAGGAAUUGCCUGUUUCGUCAGCUGCAAGUACGACGAAUGGCAGUACGAAUUACCAACACAGGGCAACAACGACAAUCAGCGCGUCAAGCAGCAGUGCGGGCAACUACUCCUUCAGUCUCCUGCGCGCCCCAGGCGACUCGAUUGCAGAUCUGGUGGCUACGUCUGCGAGUCAGUAUAGCGAGUGGGUCGACGGUCUGAGUAUGUUGCGCGGGGAGGGCAGCGCGGUCAAUACCCAAGAGACGGCAGAGUACAUUCAGGCCUUGACGGACAUUGCGGUCAAGAUUAAGCUGCUGGACUUGACGGGUGAAAAGGUGGAGAUCCCAGCUGCCAUCCCACAGCCCGGUCUGCCAAUGUCUCUGGACUUCUUCUUUGCAGAGCUGUAG